CUGUAGUAGCACUGUUAGUAAAAACCAAUUCGAGUUGAAGAAGAAGAAGAAAAAGAAAAGGUGGUCGCUUUAUUUUUCGUUCAGUGUUGGUGAGAGAUCUAAUCUGUGAAGUGUGUGUGCGAAGAUGGUGGCCCUUUCGACGGAGUCACUCCCUCUGGGUUUCAGAUUCAGACCUACUGACGAAGAGCUCAUAAAUCACUACCUCAGGCUCAAGAUCAACGGUCGUAAUUCUGAGGUCGAUGUCAUACCCGAAAUCGACGUCUGCAAGUGGGAACCUUGGGAUUUGCCAGGGUUAUCUGUGAUAAAGACAGAAGACCCAGAGUGGUUCUUCUUCUGUCCGCGUGAUAGGAAAUACCCAAAUGGGCAUAGGUCCAACAGGGCUACUGAUGCUGGUUACUGGAAGGCCACGGGUAAGGAUCGGACCAUUAAGUCUUCCAAGUCGUUUUCGACUUCCAGCCGCUCCAACGGCCACUUGAUCGGCAUGAAGAAGACUCUGGUGUUCUACAGAGGCCGUGCUCCCAAGGGCAAGCGCACCAACUGGAUCAUGCAUGAGUAUCGUGCCACCCAAAAAGAUCUUGAUGGCACCAGUCCUGGACAGGGGCCCUUUGUUCUCUGCCGGUUGUUCCACAAGCCAGAUGAGAAGGAUGAGGUACUGAAGGAUGAUGAAGUUGAACCCGCUGCCUUGUCUCCUAUGACAACAAAAUCCUCUCCUGAUGACACGUCGUUAGUUCUCUUUCAAGACACACCAAUGCUCGAUGUGGAAACUCGAACGCAACCAGAAGGAAUUAAGAGGUGGCUUACGGACAACUCUCACAACGUGACCCCUAAUGCUCUUGUGCAUGUUGGGAGCUGCAUUUCUGAUGCUGAUCACUCAGAAGAAACAGCUACUGAGUUGUAUCCAGGAGGAGAUUCGAUGUUCUUUGAGUCUACAUGUGGUCAAAUUGAUUGCAAAGUCUUCUCCCCAUUGCAAUCUCAGAUUCACACAGAGCUAGGGCCUUUCUCAGGUUCCCCCUUUUCCAAUGAUUUCGGCAAUGAUCAUAGUAGAUUUGAUUUUCGGGAUGGUACCUGUGAACAGGAUGUAUCCUUCUCAGAGCUGUUGGAAGUGUUUCCGAACCAUGAUCAGAACUCUUGUGAAGAUUCAAACAGUGGCAAAAACUCGACUAUUGAAAGUGAUACCCAAAUGUCUGGGUACUUUUCCCUGUUACAGCAUGGGUUGCCUGGGAACUCCUAUCUUGAGGACAGAGGAUUUUGCAGUGACAUGGACGCUAACAUAAAUCGAGCGCAGAUGCAAACGUCCCUAAGAUCUGGUCAAGUUCAUCCUUCACCUUCUUAUGGUGAGCUCAGAAUGGAUGAUACGGGUGUUCUUUGUGAUGAUUCUCCUGGACAAGAUGCUUCAUCUGCUGAUUCCAUUAUGGGUUCAUCCCAAGGUUUUGUCAAUAAUCUUGAAUUAUCAAGUAGUCAAACAAAUCCUGAUAAUUAUGGCAGCGAUCCUGUUAGAGGAACUGGAAUCAAGAUUAGGCCUCGCAAGUCACAGAACCAACCAUGUACUGAAAACUUUGGGACUCAGGGCAUUGCCCCGAGAAGAAUCCGUUUGCAGACGAACCCAUCACCUGUAUCAGUAUGUUCUUUCCAAUCAGGAAGUGCUAGCGGCUACAGCAAAGAACAGGAAGCACAAUCAGCCUUUGUGGAGGCCAGAGAAGGUGCAGAGCAAACCGAUGAGAACGCGGAAACUGCUCAAGAAUCCAAUGCUAUAAUACAGAAAUUGAGGGUGAAACAGGAAGAUGAGAUAAGCAACUGCCUUAAAGGUUUGUCCCUGCUGUCAGUAGCUCCAGCUAGACGUGGUUUAAGUUUUCCGUCAAUUUAUAUAAUUACUAUAUCUGUAGUUAUGAUCCUGUUCGUAGUCUUAAUUGGGUUACGGAAAUGUCUUAGAUCUUGACGUUGUAUGGAUAAAAUGUACCAUGUUAUGUUCUUGUUUAUUAUGUUACGGUAGAACGAGGGCUAGGAUCUGUAAAUUGCAAGCUUGCUUAUGUACAAUUCAGUAUAGGUUGUAUAAUGAACAAUUAUUUAUAUAUAUAUAUAUAUGUGUGUAUUUGUUUAGUUUUUCA